AUGGACGCCUAUCUGCGGAAACUGGGCUUGUAUCGGAAAUUGGUCGCCAAGGACGGGUCGUGCCUGUUCCGGGCCGUAGCGGAGCAGGUAUUACAUUCUCAGUCUCGCCAUGUUGAAGUCAGAAUGGCCUGUAUUCGCUAUCUUCGAGAGAACAGAGAGAAAUUUGAAGCGUUUAUAGAAGGGUCAUUUGAAGAGUAUUUAAAACGUUUGGAAAAUCCACAGGAAUGGGUUGGACAAGUGGAAAUAAGUGCCCUUUCUCUUAUGUACAGGAAAGAUUUUAUAAUUUAUCGGGAACCAAAUGUUUCUCCUUCACAAGUAACUGCAAAUAAUUUUCCUGAAAAGGUAUUACUGUGUUUUUCAAAUGGAAAUCAUUAUGAUAUUGUCUAUCCCAUAGAGUAUAAAGAAAGCUCUGCUAUGUGUCAGUCUCUCCUUUAUGAAUUGCUGUAUGAGAAGGUAUUUAAAACUGAUGUUAGUAAAAUCUUGAUGGGACUAGACUCCUCUGACGUGGCUGAUGAAAACAACAACAGUGAUAUAUCCGAUUCAGAGGAUGACAGUUGCAAGAGUAAAACUACCACUGCUAAUGAUGUGAAUGGAUUUAAAGCUUUGUCAGGCAAUCAGCAUCUGAAGAACAAUGGGAACUCUACUAGCCCUCCUUUAUCUAGAAAGGUUCUUAAAUCACUCAAUCCGGCAGUCUAUAGAAAUGUGCAAUAUGAAAUUUGGCUGCAGUCUAAACAAGCUCAACAAAAACGUGAUUAUUCCAUUGCUGCUGGCUUACAAUAUGAAGUUGGAGAUAAAUGCCAAGUUAGGUUAGAUCACAGUGGAAAUUUUUCUAAUGCAGACGUUCAAGGGGUUCACUCUGAGAAUGGACCAGUUUUGGUUGACGAACUAGGAAAGAAACACUCAUUGAAGAACCUCAAGCCACCUCCCCCAGAAAGCUGGAACACAGUGUCAGGGAAGAAGAUAAAAAAACCUUCCACUUCUGGACAAAAUUUCCAUUCUGACAUGGAUUACAGAGGGCCAAAGAAUCUGAGCAAGCCAAUAAAAGCUCCAUCAGCACUACCUCCUCGACUACAGCAUCCUUCGGGAAUAAGACAACAUGCGUUCACUAGUCAUUCUUCGGGGUCACAGUCUCAGAAAUCCUCCAAUGAGCACAAAAACCUUAGCAGGACACCCUCACAGAUCAUAAGAAAACCUGAUCGUGAGAGAGCUGAGGAUUUUGAUCACACAAGUCGAGAAUCUAACUAUUUUGGCCUCUCCCCGGAGGAGCGCAGAGAGAAGCAAGCUAUAGAAGAAUCACGUUUACUCUAUGAGAUUCAGAACAGAGAUGAACAGGCUUUCCCAGCCCUUUCUAGCUCUUCAGUCAGUCAGUCUUCUUCUCAGAGUAGCAACCCAUGUGUCCACAGAAAGUCAUCACAUGUGAGUGAUAGAAAAGGAAGCAGACGGAGAAUGGAUACUGAAGAACGAAAAGAUAAAGACUCUACCCAUGGACAUAAUCAGUUGGAUAAGAAACCUGAGUCAGCCACACUGGAGAAUAUUGACAGUGAUAAAUGUGCAAGAAUUUCAUCACCAUCAAAGUCCAAGAAAUUAGAAUACCCAUCUCCUGCAGAACAAAAACCAGCAGAACACGUGUCUUUGUCAAAUCCAGCUCCCAUUCUAGUUUCUCCAGAGGUACAUCUAACUCCUGCAGUGCCUUCUUUACCAGCCACUGUGCCAGCCUGGCCAAGUGAACCUGCAACUUUUGGACCAGCAGGUGUUCCUGCUCCAAUUCCUGUUUUGUCAGUGACACAGACUCUGACCACUGGACCUGAUUCUGCUGUGUCACAAGCUCAGUUAACACCCUCUCCAGUUCCGGUUUCAAUACAGGCAGUUAACCAGCCUUUGAUGCCUUUGCCUCAGACAUUGAGCCUUUACCAGGACCCACUCUAUCCUGGUUUUCCUUGUAAUGAAAAGGGAGAUCGAGCCAUUGCACCACCCUAUUCACUGUGUCACACUGGGGAGGACCUUCCUAAAGAUAAGAGCAUUCUUCGAUUCUUCUUCAAUCUUGGUGUGAAGGCAUAUAGCUGUCCUAUGUGGGCUCCACAUUCUUACCUAUACCCUUUGCACCAGGCCUACCUGGCAGCCUGCAGGGUGUACCCAAAGGUCCCUGUCCCUGUGUAUCCUCAUAGUCCAUGGUUCCAAGAAGCUCCUUCUACUCAGAAUGAAAGUGAUUGUACCUGUGCAGAUGCACACUUUCCUAUGCAGACUGAGGCCAGUGUUAAUGGUCAGAUGCCACCAGCAGAGAUCGGACCACCAACAUUUUCUUCACCUCUGGUUAUACCUUCGUCUCAGGUGUCUGAAAGUCAUGGACAAUUGUCUUACCAGCCUGAUCUUGAAUCUGAGAAUCCCGGGCAGCUUCUUCAUGCUGAAUAUGAAGAGUCACUGAGUGGCAAGAAUAUAUUUCCACAACCAUCCUUUGGACCUAAUCCAUUCUUAGGCCCCGUUCCCAUUGCACCUCCUUUCUUUCCUCAUGUUUGGUAUGGAUACCCAUUUCAGGGAUUCAUAGAAAAUCCAGUAAUGCGGCAGAAUAUUGUACUGCCGUCUGAUGAGAAAGGAGAAUUGGAUCUGGCCUUGGAAAAUCUGGAUCUGUCUAAAGAAUGUGGUUCAGUUUCAGCAGUGGAUGAGUUUCAGGAGGCUGGGGGUGAAGAUGCACUCCCUCUUUUGGAAGCAGGUAUGACCGGUGGACGUGAAGGUGGGGCAGAGCAGUCAUCCCAGACACCUAAGGCAGAUUUGGCCUUGGCUUCCACCCCUCCUGUAGCAGAGGGAAAGGCUCAUGUUCCUACUCAGAUUCUAAACAGAGAGAGAGGAACUGUUGUUGAACUUGAGCCUAAAAGGACCAUUCCAAGUCUAAAAGAAAAACCAGAAAAAGUGAAAGAUCCUAAGACUGCUCCUGAUGUGGUUAGCCCUGGGGCCAACUUGGUGGAUAGCAGAGUCCAAAGACCAAAAGAAGAGAGUUCAGAAGACGAAAAUGAAGUGUCUAAUAUUCUAAGAAGCGGCAGAUCCAAGCAGUUCUAUAAUCAGACUUUUGGAGGCAGAAAGUACAAAAGUGAUUGGGGCUACUCUGGUAGGGGAGGUUAUCAACAUGCCAGAGGUGAGGAGUCCUGGAAAGGGCAGCCAAGCAGAAGCCGGGAUGAAGGUUAUCAGUACCAUCGCAAUGUCAGAGGACGACCAUACAGGGGAGACAGGAGGAGGUCAGGGAUGGGAGAUGGCCAUCGGGGACAACACACUUGAUACUUGUUUGUUGCUGGAGUGUUAUAGAGCAGACACCCUUAGGUGGAAUAUUUCUGAAGGCUUUUUAAAGAUACAUUAAAAUAAAACCC